ACGCCCGGAGAGGUUUUGCCCUUCGAAACCGUGGGCUGCUUAGGCAGUGGUGGAUACAGCCAAGUCGAUCACAUCAUCAGCAAGAUCAGCUUCCGGCAUUAUGCGCUCAAGCGAGUACGACGAAGGGUGGCGUUUGGGAUCAAUUCAAAAGAGGCUAUGAAGAGAUUCUUGAGCGAGGUCCAAAUCGUAAAAGACCUGAAACAGGCAUAUCGUUGAGUACAUCGGCAGCUAUACCGACAAAACUUACCUGGGCUUGGUCAUGUCUCCCGUCGCCGAUAAGGACCUCGCUGCUUUCAUGGAAGAAGCAGCCUCCCAUGUACAAGCAGCAUCACUUCCAAAUACCGAAUCAUCGACAGCCCGGCUACGGGAGCAGGCUCUUGCGAAUGAGAUGCGCGCGACUCUGCGCACCUUUUUCGGCUGUCUAGCCGCUUCGCUCGCUUAUCUGCAUGACAACUCAGUCCGACACAAAGAUAUCAAACCUCAAAACAUUCUCGUCCGCAGCGGUAACGUUCUUUUAACUGACUUCGGACUCUCUCGCGACUUUGCGGACGACAUAGGGAGCACUACGUCCGGGAUUACGCCAUCUACCCCACGAUACAGCCCACCCGAAGUCGCGGCAUAUGAAGCCCGUAACACUUCGGCUGACAUUUGGUCCCUCGGAUGCGUCUUCUUCGAGAUGGUUGCUGCACUCCAUGGCUAUAACAUAGAGUGGUUGAAGAGAUAUAUUGCUAGCAAGCACACUAGCUCGACGCACUACUAUGCCAAUGACAAAGCUUAUGCUGAGCUGAUCAUUGAGUGGGAAAUGGCUUGGAAACCGACGGAUCGGAGGCCCCUGCACUGGAUUCCGAAUAUGCUGCAGAGAGAUCGCCUUGCCAGGCCCACUGCCGCCGCUAUCCUUGGAAACAUUACAUCUACGGGCGAGGAGGUUCCGGUGCUGACCUCUUUCUGCGGUAUAUGUUGUGUGCCACAUGAGCAGAGCGAUUCCGAAGAUAGCCUGGUGGAUGAAACAAUGGUACUGUCAAUAGAGGAACGGCAGAUUCCAAGGUCUACGAUGACAUCUCCAUAUCACGCGAUCGAUAAAGAUGACCCUCUUCGCACAGAUGCGCUACGGGUAAUAGGGGAACGCCAGCUUCCAAGAAUUCCGAGGGUGCCCGAUCCGGAUCAUGCGAUCGAUGAACCGUCCCCAGCACGAAGGGCUAUGGAGCACGUACCGAUCGUUUCUACUGAGCUCCUCCACCCAAGUGUUGAUCGCAACAAUGAUGCUCAGAUAGGUCCCCCAGAAGCUUUGCAACAGGACCGGACUAGAAGUGAUAAUACUGCUAUUGAAGGCGGCAUUUACGAAACUGGGUAUUUCGUCCCAAAUACCGGUACUUCCGGACCCAGGACUUUACGCCCUCAAAGACAGCCUUCCGUAGAGCCCAUCGUUCGGGGCUUUCUUAGCUUCAGGAGGAGGACCAACGUGUUCAGACCGUUCGAGCUGGCGCUGCUCAAAAGGAAAUAUUUCUGGUUCGGCGAAUCAAGCUACCAGCAUCUCUUAUAUUUCGCCAGAAAUCCACCCCCGAACACGCCCGAGGGUAUCCUAAACUUGACUUACGCGUCGCGCCUCACCAAGUUCCAGAGCAAAUAUAUCUGUUUAAACGUUGCUGCCCACAAGGGAGAGAGGUCAGAUGAAUAUAUAUUCAAGGCACAAUCUCUUCUCGACCGCGAUGGGUGGUUCGUCACCUUUGAGUGGGCCAUCCGGGAGGCUCGGGCGCACCGGUCUAAAGAAGAAUUAGAAGCCAUUGGACCACACUAAGGGGCAAUUCUUCGAGCACCCCGAGAAUACGACCGAACGGCGCAUCAUUAAUGCAAAUGCCUUGAACCACCAGCGCGACAUGUUCUCCUACGGAAAUGAGCUAGAA